UUUUCGUUAGAAUUUGAAAACUUCGAAACUUCGAAACGAAACUACUUCGAAAAAAAAUGAAGAUAAAAUGUGUUGAAGUCAACAGCGACAAAUAUUCGAUUAAAUCAGUGCUUGGAAAAUUCUGUGAUACAAACUGUGGAGGAAUCAAUGUCUCAUUGUUUGUCUCAGAAACUACUUCGAAUAAGUAUAGAUUUGAAUGGGAAUUAAAAUGGGACGAAUUGAAGAAGAAAGGGGUCAAGCAUUUGUUUGGAACAAUCACCCCGGAAACCAACGACAAGUUGGUUCCAAGCAUUGAUUUUUCUGUUGAUGAAAAACGCAGCACAUCUAAUUUGGAAACUUCUAAAGACUGGUUGUACAACAUUCCUUUCAAGUACAAAAUUUUCUACAAAGAAUCCGAUUAUUCUGGAUUAACUUUGGAAGAACUUUUCAAGCCAUCUGAAAGGAAUGAUGCCGUUUUAGUGAUCGGAGGUACAAAGAUGCAUGUCAAUAAAGCUUUGCUGAGCUUCCAUUCUGAAUAUUUUCGAGCUCUGUUCUCCUCGAAUUUCAAAGAAGGAAAGUUGACUGAAAUCCCAAUGUAUGAAGUUUCAUAUGAAGAUUUCUCGAGAAUGCUGGCAGUUUUGUAUGGAAAUGAAGCUUUAUUGAAAGAUGAUAAUUUGGAAAAGAUGUUGGAGCUGGCCGAUCAAUUUCAGGUGCCACGUGUAACGGCUCAUAUCGAGACUCAUUUGUGCCACUUUUCGAAAAUGAAGCAGGAUCAAUUGAUGCGUUUGGCAGACAAAUUCAAUUUGCGUACAAUCAUCGAAAAGAUUAUCAGUGAAGUGGACACUACUCAAAAAAUGAAGAACCUCAAGAACUCGGCAGUGUUCUGGAAUUUAUCAGAUGAAACGAAGGUGCUCUUCCUGUAUCGUCUCAUGCAAUUGAUCUAAAGGAUGGUAUAGAUUGAAGUUUUUUUAUUGUAUAAUUUAUGUAUUUAUUGUAUUUUCGUGGUAUAAUUAUGGAAGAAUAAAUGCAUCGCAUUUGAAA